UGAUUGAAGUUGUCACGUGCCAAGCAAGGAAUUAAGAAGCAUGAAGUCAUCCAUCGACCGAGCGGUUUCGGAUGCUCCGUAAUUAUCAAACAACAACCACAACAAAGACCGGGCUGAAGGAUUGACUGAUGGGCGCCUCGUGGGUAUGACCUGCCUAAUCGAGUGGCUGUUAAUUGCCAUUGGCGCGACAACGUCCGUUCACUAUUCCCAAUGCAACGUCAACAAUGCUUGUCAGGUUGUUAGCCUUGAAGCUGCCGAAAACCAAGCAGAUAAGUGGCUUAUCUGCUUAUUUUCCCAGCCCGAUGGGAAAUUGGUAUUUAUAGUGAUGCAACCAUUUGCCGACCAACCAUGGCCAAGCAGUGGCAUGCAUCGGGCCUGUCGCUGGGGCUGCUGUGGGCUUCUGAGGUCGGGAUCUCCGGCGGAUGCGAUGAUUCCUGCACUGAUAGGACACACAAAACCUAAUCGAGUCAGUGGCGAGUCCACCUCGUUUUACUGUUUACAACCUUGAUCCAUCGUCGAUGAUUAUUAGUUAUGACUGUCAUUGAGCUGUUGUUCGUGAUCGACCUGAUUGACU